AAGAGACGUCAGGAGCGAGCGGAAGUGUAGCAUAGCCGUCAUUGUGUGGAGGUGUGUUGUGUUCUGUUUAUCCUGCCUGCGAAAAUGCCGGAGUUAGCGGUGGAAAAUGUGGUCGUUCACCCCCUUGUGUUGCUCAGCGUGGUGGAUCAUUUCAACAGGAUAGGAAAAGUGGGAAAUCAGAAACGAGUGGUCGGUGUCCUCCUGGGGUCGUGGCAGAAAAAAGUUCUGGACGUCUCAAAUAGUUUUGCAGUGCCAUUUGAUGAGGAUGACAGGGAUGACUCAGUUUGGUUCCUGGACCAUGACUACUUGGAGAACAUGUAUGGCAUGUUCAAGAAAGUUAAUGCCAGAGAACGAAUAGUUGGCUGGUACCACACAGGACCCAAAUUACACAAGAAUGACAUUGCCAUCAAUGAGCUCAUCAAGCGGUACUGUACCAAUUCGAAAAUAAAAAACAAGUUGAUUCUUGUUCACAUGUGUGAGCCAAAUGUGACACAGCUGCAUCCCCUCUACAGAGACAUCAAAGAUACAACGGUGGGCACACUAUCACAACGCAUCACAAACCAGGUUCACGGCCUAAAGGGACUCAACUCUAAGCUGUUGGACAUCCGCUCUUACCUAGAGAGGGUGGCUGCAGGCAAACUUCCCAUCAACCACCAGAUCAUCUACCAGCUGCAGGAUGUUUUCAACCUGCUGCCUGAUGUAAAUCUACUGGAGUUCACAAAAGCCUUUUACCUAAAGACCAAUGACCAGAUGUUGGUGGUCUACUUGGCCUCGCUCAUACGCUCUGUGGUGGCUCUGCACAACCUGAUCAACAACAAGAUUUCCAACCGAGAUGCAGAAAAGAAGGAAGGACAGGAAAAGGAGGAAGGCAAGAAAGAGAAGAAGGAUGACAAAGAGAAAAAAGAUGACAAGGAGAAAGAGAAGGAGAAGGAGAAAGCAGACGGUGCCAAGAAAGAUGAGAAGAAGAAAAAAUAGUGAGCAUUCUUCCUCUGCGGUCCUCUCUCAAAUCACACCGCCAUCUUCUGGAUGGUGCUCUACUUUGUGUCCACAGGCACAGCUCUGUAUGUGGGUCUCGGGCUAAAAGUAGGACUCUAUAUGGGGAACGGUGUCAUUUGAGAUUUGGUCUCAUGGUCACAAACGGCACUCUCAAAGACUUGUUAUCCUACAGAGAUGAUGUUGUUUGCUCGUCGGUGUUGGCCAGUGUGAGAACAUGCUGUGUCCUGUUUUCAUAGUUGCCAUAGCCUCGAUGUUGCAAACACCCGGUGUUGCUUUUUUUUUCUUUUCUUUUUUUUGUAUGUUCGAGGAAAUGUUUCUGUAUCACUCAUUAAACUUGGAUCAUAUUAUAA